AUAGCCAAAUCAGCAUCGUGAGUUCGUCACCCGUUAGUCCGUGACUGAGAUUAGUCCACACGUGACCUUCGCUGAGCGCGUCGCUUUCUCCCUAUCGAUCAGCCAUGGCUCUCGACGCUCGGCUCCGCAUCCCCCUCGCCGGACUAACGCCGGCGACGCCUUUCGUCUCGGGAUCCACCCCCAAGCCCGGCAGCCUCUCGUUCGCAAUCAGGCCGGCGUCCGCGUCCCUGUCGGCCUCCUUCAAUGCCCCGUCGUCGUCGUCGCCCCCGCCCAUCGUCGUCGUGGGCUCCGCCAACGCCGACAUCUACGUCGAGGUCGACCGCCUCCCGCUCGUCGGGGAGACGGUGGCGGCGCGCGCCGGCCGCAGCCUCGCGGGCGGGAAGGGCGCCAACCAGGCCGCCUGCGGGGGACGCCUCGCGGCGGGCCCCACCUACCUCGUGGCGCGCGUGGGGAACGACGCCAACGGGCGGCUCCUCGAGGGCGCCCUCGCGGACGCCGGCGGCGUCCGCCUCGACCGCGUCGCGCGCGCGCCCGACGCGCCCUCGGGCCACGCCGUGGUGAUGCUGAUGCCCGACGGGCAGAACUCCAUCAUCAUCGUCGGCGGCGCCAACAUGGAGGGGUGGGCCGCAGGGGUCGGCUCGGACGACCUGGACCUGAUCCGGCAGGCUGGUGUGCUGCUGCUGCAGAGGGAGAUACCCGAUUGGGUCAACGUGCAGGUUGCUCAGGCUGCAAAAGAUGCAGGUGUGCCUGUUAUUUUGGAUGCCGGUGGAAUGGAUGCUCCUGUCCCUGGAGAACUACUCAGCCUGGUGGACAUUUUUAGUCCAAAUGAAACAGAACUUGCACGUUUGACUGGGAUGCUUACAGAAACAUUUGAACAGAUCAGCCGAGCUGCAGGAGCAUGCCAUAAAAUGGGUGUAAAAGAAGUGCUGGUUAAACUCGGAUCACAAGGAUCUGCUUUAUUUAUCGAAGGGAAGGAACCAAUCAGGCAGCCGAUAAUUCCUGCCACAGAAGUUGUUGAUACGACUGGUGCUGGUGACACUUUCACCUCAGCUUUUGCUGUAGCUCUAGUUGAGGGUAAACCUAAGAAAGAGUGCAUGAGAUUUGCUGCUGCUGCUGCAUCUCUGUGUGUUCAAGUAAAGGGAGCCAUACCCAGCAUGCCUGAUCGAAAAUCAGUGAUGGACCUUCUGGAAUCUGUUCAGGUUGAAUAACUGUAGAUCUCAUGAUUGGUUGUCUUCAGCCUCCAUUCAUCCUCAAUAAUGGUUGCGCGGGCAAACUCGACGGAUCCAAUGAAGCUCCCAUAGACCCUCGUUGCCUCAUCUGCUCCCCCCCCCCCCCCCCC